AUGCUGCAAGCAGCUCUUCUCUCACUCUACGCCACCAUUCGUGCAAAAUGGACCAAUGAGGAUGACUUUGCAAACGUGGUCAUGCACAUGGUUGCCGGUAAAGAUUUUGUGGGGAAUAUCAAGGUGGUAAUUGAAGAGAACAGCUAUCCCACGCCAGCCUGCCUGGCAAUACUAAAGAUUACUUGCGAAAUGGUUAUACUAUUGAUGCAACACCAUGACUACCUCAAAGAGUUUAAGGAGAAAAAGAUCAUCGAUGCAAUGUCUGAGGCCGCUGAGACCAUGGCUGGGCUUGAGAGCUGCAUGCUAUUCUCUGGCGUGAAACAUGACUGCUAUGGGGCGUGCGUGGGGUAUGGUCCAAAGCAGGUCCUUGCCCAGAUUUUAAUUGGUAGCCAUGGGGACUCCGAGAUCUCGGAAGAUGCAACAAGCCAGAGCAAUGGAGUGGAGCGGAAGCCACCAAAAUGUCCCAGAAAUCUUGCCGCCACCACCACAUCCAGUGCCGUCGCCGGUAGGAGGUCCCGCCCAGGCAUCCGUCCAGGCAGCAUUUCCGCCGGCAGUUCCGGUUGCGUCGCCGUUCGCAAGUGCGCAGUUCAUUGCGCCACGGGCAACCGGCGGCGGAGCCCUGCCAGCGCCACCACGGGCAACCGGCGCGGAUCCCUGCCAGCGCCAGGGACCUCGCCAACGCCGAGCCUGCAACCACCAGUGCCGCCGCAGGCGCAUUGGUCCCCGCCGGCGACGGAACCCGGGACGCCGAUUUUGCACCCAGUGAUGCAAUAUCUUGAAAGGAAGGAGCCCGACUCCUCACAGCUCAUGAAGUGUACACCAAGUUCUGGUUCAGAAGAAGAACAUGGAAUGUCACCAGUGAGUGUUAUGCCAAGCUUUCCAGUAUUGCUAGGAGUGCAACAGUCAGCAGUUCAUCUACCAUUCUCUUUUCAAGACCUGCUUCAUGGGGUCACUUCUGGGGCAGUAGCUGCGCCCACAGUCCAGCAAGAAAUAUUGAUGCAAGAGAGCGUAGAUGUAGGGGUACAGUCUGAAUACACAGUGGUACAGUCUGAAAACACAGGGGAAUCUGAUGGUCUUUCAAGCUCAUCUGAAGGAAAUCGGAGAGGUGACAGUGUUGAUGAUGGGUACAUACAGAGUUGCGAAGAGGAUUUAUGUGAGGAUGAGACAAAGGAUGGAACUGAUUGUGAUGGUUGUGGUGAAGAUGAUUCAGAUGAGGAUGAAACAAGCCAUGGAACACAUGGAUCCAACGUGGAUGGGGAAGAGGAUGACAGUCUUCAAAAAGGUAUGAUAACUAUACCGAGUGAAAAGGAUAUGAAGCUGAUUGACUGGGAUAGGUUCUACAGCACUGGAGAAUUGGUGAAGAAAACAAAUGCUGUUGUAGUCGAGAAUGAUGCAACUGGAACAACGAACAAUGAAAUUGUUUCAACUCCAAUCACUACCAUGGACCCCAGUAGCUUGGCACAUCAAGGAGAACAGACAGCGUGGAAGAAAAGGAGAAGGGUUCAAGAUGGUGCCAUGCGGGCAAAUUUUAGGAAACCUUCUGGUAUUGGUGCAGUUGAGAGGGCGAUGAGGAAGUAUUGCGACAACAAAGAGGGUCAUGUAUUUGAACCAUAUGUUGGCAUCACAUUUGACUCUGAAGCAGAAGCAUUUGAGUUCUACAAUCUGUACUCAUGGGAAGUUGGGUUUAGCGUUAGAAAAGGAAGCAUGGAAAGGAACAAAGGCAGUGUUACCAAACAAUGAGGGAGAUUGUUUGCCACAGACAGGGCUUUGAUAAGAACAAAAGCAAAGACCAAUGGAUGUAACUGUCGGGCAAUGAUACGUCUCCAUCGCACUGAUGACGAUGGUUGGUUCAUAUCAAAGGUUGUGAAAGAUCACAACCACCAGCUUUCAGCAA